UGGUCCUGGCCCCGCCCCCGCGGCGGCGUGGCGCGGUGACGUAGCCACGUGUCCGCGGCGGAGAGCAGACUGGAGGAAAUCCCCGCAAGGCCGAGCAGGAACAGCGCGGAGGACAGGCCCCUUUAAGAGGGACGGAGAGCUCGGAGAAACAACAACAACAACAAGUCACUUCUCGCCAGCAGCUUUGAGCGGAUCCGGAGCUUCGCUUUGGCCUCAGGAGGAACAAGGUCUUUUCCCUUCGUUACUUGCAUCACUUUAUCGCAUUUCUAAUAAAUUCCCACUGCGGAAGUGAGUGGACGGGGACAGGCUCUGCUGCAGCGCGGACAACUGCGCCCCCUAGCGGCCGCCGCUGAGAAGGCAGCGCUCGGACAUGUACGGAGCUUCAGGGAUCCCCGAGCUGAUCCCGGCCGGCGGGCCGCCGCGGCAGCCCGGCCCCGCGGGGCCCUUCAACCCGGGACACCCGCCGGGGGGCCGCGGCGGCCCGCCCAACCCGCAGAGGCUGGGCCAGAGGGCGCCCAAGCUGGGCCAGAUCGGCCGCUCCAAGAAAGUGGACCUGGAUGAUGAAGACUUGGAUGAUAUCAUGAACAACAACGGGCAGUGUCCAGUGUCCCUGUCGCCCAUCUCCUAAACUUCACCUGGAAGUGCCAAAAACAGAUAUUCCCCCCCUCCCUUCACCGACUGGGACGCCAAACCCCCUUCCCAUCAGGCUCUCGGCCUUGGUCCUGUCAAGUGUCCUACAGAAGCUCCUGAUGGCUCACGGCGGCUCCCGACCGGCUCUCGCUUGGCGCCACCUGUGGCCCGAGCCCCGAUAUCUGUGUAUAUAGUGUUUUGUUUAAGUUAAUCUUCGCUCAGACUGUGAAUGAAUCGUACUGCGUUGCUCUCUACUCUAUACCUCAGUAGACGGUUGACUUUUAGGACUUGAGAAGGAUUUUUUUUGGACAAAGUGUAUAUUGGCACUUUUCCACUAGUAUCAGUUCAGCCCGGUACGGCUCGGCGCGGCUUUACACGGUUCCACACAUGUGUUUUCGCACUGCCAGGGGAGAAGCGGGCAGGUUUGGGUGAAGCUGCUGUGACGUACUCGAUUGCGCAACCGCUUUAUUCAUGUCGGCGCUGAUGAGAAAUCAGCUGGAGCCGGGAGCGGCUGAGAGUAAAACAGCCCGUCUACAUCGCUUUUUAAAUUUUUUCUCGACAGCCACCAGGUUCAUGAACAUCUGCACCUCAGAGUUGGAUCACCAAACAGACGUUUUUCGCUUUAUAAUAAAAUCGCCGCGAGUCCCCUCGCGCUAACUCCAUGGAUCGGCUGACUCCCGCUUCCUGAUUCAAACGUCUGCCGGCCCCGCCCCCCGACCAAUCAGAGGCGUGGAGGGUGGUGACGUCCCCGCCCCCCGACCAAUCGGUGGCGAGGAGGUGGUGACGUCAGAAAUAGUCCCUGCUCAGACCGCUUUCAGAACCUCACUGAAAUGGUUACAGAAAAAGGUACCGGCUUGGAGCGGCUCUACUCGUCUCAGCCCUAGUGCGAAAGCGCAAAACGGGUAGAACCGAGCUAAACUGAUACUAAUGCAAAAGCGCCAUAUUUUUUUCCGAGCUUCUUAACAAGGGCUACGUUGCUGAAGUUGCACUAAGCAAACGGGUAGAUAGCGAGCGGGCGGGCGCUCACCUGGCUGAUUCUGGUGGGGGCUGCUGUUUUCUUUCCAGCAGGUUGUUUUUUUUGCGAGGAAACGCACACAAGUGAAAUGUUACGCUUUGGUUGUGCAAUGACUAUUGUUGUUUUCCUCUCUCACGGAUCCGCGCAGCGUACCGUCAUCGGGAUGAACGCUUACUGUUUAUAUGAAAAAUGACUACUGCUAAUUAUUUAUUGUUUAAAAAGAAGAAAAUUACUUUUCGUUGUGGCGUUACGGCUUCAUAUGCGUGUGUUUUUUGUUUUUUUUUAAACUUGUUUCUGAACACGUAUGGCUUCAGUCUUCUAUGAUUGCUAUUUAUUAUGUUUCCAACUGGUGCACUUUGUGGGAAUGCCCGUUAUGUGCAGUGACACGUUGCAGAACUCUAUGCAUGAAAUCUGUGUAAGCAUCAAAACACGCAACUGGUAUCCUGUAAUUUAAGGGCUAUGUAGUAGUUUUCAAACCACGCCACUGUUUUUUCUUUUUUUUUUUUUCGCUCCCUUUAGACGCCACGGAGUCCACGGUUUCCCCACAGCUCAUUGUCGGCCCGGUCUGCGGACUCGGCAGGAUAAUGCCACAAACGAGGGCAGAUUUAUGGGGCUUUUGUCUGUCCUCAAAGGCAGCGCUUCCCAGUUCGACUGUGAGAAAGGACGAGUAAAGUUCAAACUAUUUAAAUGAAAUGCCAAAUGAAGCUUGAUGCUCGGUCGGAUUUGCAACUCAAAUGGAUCAGGAUUCAACGAGGCAUAUUUGUGUUUGUAAAGAUAAGCUAUUUACAGGAAUGUCCGUGUAAUUACGGUAUGAUGUACAGUAAUGAAAACAAGCAGCCUCUGAUUAGCUGCCACCGCUGAGACAAUCUUACUCUGUUCGUUCUUCGGGGGGGGUUGUAAAGACUGCAGUGGGUCUCGUGCCGCCUGUGAUGGCUCAUGCUGAUGUCACGUUACUUCUUUGGCUGUGAAAGUAGUUCUGGUUUGGCUCACGAAGCCCUUCAUUUCACAGCUCUCCCUCUGACUCAGAUUGUGGUUUGGGUUGUUGUUGCCUUUUGCAUGGAACUUUUCACGAUGCAUCUCUGGAAAUAAAGUACCGAAUCGUU